CCUCCUCCUGGGCCGCCGCUGCGACUCCGGGAGGACGGGCUUCCCGCGGCCUUCUACCACUCCUCCGCUCGGGGAGGGCCGUCCCGGAAGGCUCGUGGGCCGGGCCGCUUGCGUAGUUCCCGUGGGCUGGGGACGGAAAGAGAAGGAAGGGGAAAAGGGAAGGGAAGGGGAGGCGCUCUCGAUGCAGAGCAGGCAGCAAGAGCCGCGGCAGCGGCGGCGCUCCGAGGAGGAGCAGCGGCAGCGGCAACAGCAGCUGCGGCUGGAGCGAGAGCAGGAGGACGAGGAAGGCACCGGCCAGGCCUGGGCCCCGCACAGCAUGGAGAUAGAGAAGGAGUUCCAGCGGCUCGACCAGGCCGACAGCUGGCCGGCUAUCUACCAGGACAUAAGACAUGAAGCCAGUGACUUUCCAUGCAAAGUGGCCAAACUUUCCAAAAACAAAAAUCGCAACAGGUACAGAGAUGUCAGCCCUUUUGACCACAGUCGAAUUAAGCUACAGCAAGGUGAUAAUGAUUAUAUCAAUGCUAGUUUGAUAACAAUGGAAGAGGCACACAGGAGCUACAUCCUCACACAGGGUCCUCUGCCAAAUACUUGUGGUCACUUUUGGGAGAUGAUUUGGGAACAGAAAAGCCGUGGUGUUGUCAUGUUGAACAGAGUGGUAGAAAAGGGAUCGGUAAAAUGUGCACAGUACUGGCCACAAAAAGAAGAGAAAGAAAUGUUCUUUGAGGAUACAAACUUCACAUUAACCUUGAUAUCAGAAGAUAUAAAAUCCUAUUAUACAGUGCGGCAGUUAGAAUUGGAAAACCUCACAACACAUGAAACUCGAGAAAUCCUUCAUUUUCACUAUACAACGUGGCCAGACUUCGGUGUCCCUGAGUCUCCAGCUUCGUUCCUUAACUUCCUGUUCAAAGUGAGAGAGUCGGGCUCACUGAGCCCUGAGCAUGGUCCCAUUGUUGUUCAUUGCAGUGCAGGAAUCGGAAGAUCGGGAACUUUCUGUUUGGUCGAUACUUGUCUUCUUUUGAUGGAAAAAAGGAAAGAUCCUUCUUCUGUCAACAUUAAGCAGGUUCUUUUAGAAAUGAGAAAAUACCGAAUGGGGCUUAUACAGACUGCAGACCAACUUCGAUUUUCUUACUUGGCUGUUACAGAGGGAGCAAAAUUUAUUAUGGGAGACUCAUCUGUGCAGGAGCAAUGGAAAGAGCUCUCUAAAGAGGACUUGGACCCGCCACCAGAACAUACUCCCCCACCACCCAGGCCACCCAAACGAACCUCAGAACUGAAUAAUGGAAAGGUGCAUGGUCACAUGGAAUUUUUUCCAAAGCCUCAGGGGGCUGAGGAGGAAGUCAAGUGUACAGUCAGCGCUCUGGAGGCAAAAGUUCCUGAUGGCAGGGGUUGCCCUUCUGAGCAACUAGCUAUGGAGAGAGGUAAACAAGACACUGAGCUUAGGAAGAGGACUGUUGAUGCUUCACCACACAGUGAAGAGUUGGUGAAGCCGGAAGAAGAUGAUGAUGAAAACAUGAUGUCAACUUGGAAACCAUUUCUGGUCAAUAUCUGCGUGUUCACUUUCCUGACAGCAGGAGCAUACCUCUGUUACAGAGUAUGUUUUCAUUGAUGGACACACCGGAGAUGGUACCAAAAUGCCAGUAAGGUCACCAGUGUUUAACUUGUUUCUAUAAAAGAAAACUGAAGGGGACAACCAAGCAUUGUCCCAAUGGAAGAGUAUAUCUUAAGUUUGAGAAGCUGGAACUUUGGUUAGGGCUUAAAAAGAAAGUUGAUGCACUAGGGUUUAAUCUUUUCCCUAUGGUCCCAAGAACAUAAUAUUCUAAUCUCAGGGCCUUAAGAUAUUCAGGAGUAAGCAGAGAAUAUGCCAAAUAAGUCUUGUGUUUUUCAUUAUUUUCCUUUUUUAAAAAAAUGGAAUAAUAAGAGUUUACAACACGUUGUUUUUAGUCUUUUAAAGCCAGUUUUUGUUCUUUUGGUGUUGUUUUCAGAAAAAAAAGAAAGAAACUAGGCACAAGUAAAAACUGCUUGUACUCUCCAAGUGUUUGUAACCAGAUACAUGACUGGGUUCCUUAAGACACCACUAUAUACCCAUAUAUACACACCCCUGAAGAAUGUACAAGUUUUUUGUGAGGGGAGAGCUCUUUACUGCAUGCAAUUUACUGCAAGUCUAAGGCUCAAUCUCUAAAGAACCACUUCUGCAUAACCUCUAUGAAUUAAAUUAGCUGUUGUUCUAGGAGCUCCAGUAAAUAGAGAUUAUGUAGUACUACCACCAUGUUGAAGUUGAAUUGUAGUUUGAGAUUUUGGGGUAGGGCAGGUAAAACGGGAUAUAUUUCAUCAUUCUCAAAUAGGUUUGGGUUUCAUUACAUGUUUAUUAUAAUGGGCACUUGCUAUUGCUCAGGGCAUCUCGACUGAUCAGUGCUAGUAUCUUCUUCUUCCCUUUUACACAAAAGGAAUACACCACCAUCCGUUACAAGUCAUCUGUUAACCCUAUUGUGCAUACGUAUGGAUUGCACUGCACCAUCAGCUUUCUAAAAACCUAUAUAUAACGUAGUUACCUAUUUUUUGGAGGAGGGAAAGUGAAAUGCAACCAAAAUAUAUGUACCAGCAUUAAAAAUACUUCAAAUACUUGAGUUAGAAAGGACCAGUUUUUAAGCUGCUUUAAUAUUUGGAAUGUAAAAUGCAACUUAAUUUCAGUCUAGACUUGCCAUGUGAAGAAUACACUUCGUGUUCAAAACAGAACAAGAGUUUAAAAGUAAUAAUACUAAGACUAUUAAAUCUCCUUAUCACAGAGAGCCAUUGGUAAUAUUUCUGCGUAGAUGAUGCUGGGGCAGAUUCCUUUUGGGGAAAAGGUGAGCAGACCUGGUUCUCCAGAUCCGCUAGUAAUUUUGCAAGAUGCAAACCACUGUCUUGGUGGUUUUCAGUUUUGUUGGGUUUUUUAGAACCCGACAGAAGAUAUCAAGAAGAUAUCUAGAAGAUAUCAAGACUGGCUUUUAUUUAGUUCAAGAGCACAGUGUUCAGUAGCCAGGCUUAAGGCUGCAGUCCUCUCCUGAGAGUCCCACUGAACUCAGUGGGAUUUACUUCUAAGCAGAUGUCUGUAGGAUUGCACUUUUGCCUCUUCAGUAAAGGGUGUUAUAAUUUUAGGGGUGCAUUCCUUUUGAUACCGCCUAGUUUCAUUUGCCAUAGCUGCUAAGAGGAGGACAAAAUUCUGUCCGAUCAUGUAUGUUGUUUCCCUUGACUGAGUUAGUAAGCUCACUUGGCCAACCCCUUUUUUGUGAGCACCAGAAAUAGAGGAAUCCUUUGUCCAUGGUGCAGAGAAUAAGCCACAUUCAUCCAUGAAUGUCAUAGCUGUUUCAAAUUAAUACCGUGACAAAUGAUCCAUAGUGCGACUAAUCACUGAUUUGAAAAUUUUGCAUUCUGCUUAUUUAGGGCUUAAGCUCCAUCCCCUUUAAAAAUCUAUGACUUAAUAGACUGUUCACUCCAUAUUUAUAUUUGUUCUCCACAACUCUUGCAAACUUUAGCUCUUUUUUCUCCCUUGAACCAAUACAAUGUUGUAUUAUAGACUUGGGGAAGGAAAGAAGAAAGGAAGAAAAGGUUGGAUUAAAAAAUGAAAAUUAAGCUUACACCAAGGGCUUUUCAAAAAUAUAAUAAUAAAUCCUCAGGUAGUACUUGGAACCUUACAAAGAAGUUACCUGUGAGAUUGUUGUUCAGACCAGAAUUUGAAAGGAGGAAUAUUGUUGGUGGUCAAUAUUUAAUAGUAAUAUUGGAAACAUGAAAACUAUUGAUAUGAGUAUAGAAAAUGGUAUAAUAUAUAAUGGCUCAUCUGUGUAUUUUACUAUACAGUAUGUGAUUGCUUUGUCUCCAUUACUCUUGUUCAGUGGGAUAUUGUUCAAAAGCAGCAUUUGUAUCCCAUUUUUAUUCAAAUGCAUGUAUAAAGUCUCCUAAAAGUGUCCCAAUCAAAAUCCAUGUGCUUGAAAGGUGAAAAUAUAUUUUCUAUUUCUGCUUUCUGAUGUGCCCAAAUUAUACUUGCAUGAUCUGAUCAUUUCAAUGGCUGUGGAUCCAAGGGUGUUGCUGAAGUAUCUUCAUUCAGCCAAUUAGAUGGGUAGGCGUGUGUGAUCUCGUUAAAAAAAAACAAAAACAAAAAAAACAAAACAGAAACAAAACAGGUAAUUUUGCCUAUCCUUGGCAUGACUUUCUGUUCAGUUUUAUACGUAUGCCAUGUAACCCAGUUGUAUACCACUCAUUUCAGCCAAGUAAGUAUAGUACAAACAUUCCAGAGUAUGUACAAAGCCAUAUCCACACCUCUCUUGUGCGCGCACACUCUUUUUCUGCAGCACGUAGCUGAAAUACAAGGUGCCCAGAUACACAGAACUGCCUGAUAGUCCACGGGGGAAGCUUUUUGCAAAGGCCAUCGGAACCAAAGUGAGAUUUAAAGUCUGUAUUUCUUGUUUAAUAGAGAAUGAGGGUUUUGUUUUGUUUUGUUUUUUAAAAUAAAAAUUAAAUAAUAACAAUGGGUGGGAAACGGAUUGUAAUAUUCUUCCUCCCAGGAAGAAAUAGUUGAAUUCAUAAUGUUUCUCCUUAGAAUCCACAGUGUGACUUGCUUGUACGAUUCUUGCAUCCCUUAAGCUGGGGAGACUAAGGAUUUUUCUUGCUAUCCAGAGAAAGCAGGGGGAAUCAGCUGCAGCCAGCUUGUCCCCUUAGGCCUGCCUGCAUCACUGUUUGCCUUUUACCCAUUUGAACUCAAGAAAGACUUGUACUGUAGUGAAAAUAAAGAAUAGAAUGCCGUAGUCAAGCCCAGUGAGGUGUGUAUAAGGCUUAGAAUGCUGAAAUGUAAGCAUUUUGUUUGAUGUCCUGUAUAUGUAUGUAGUAGUUUUGGGUGUGUAUAUACAGUAGCAUUUCAAAGUGGAUGUAUGAGUUAACCUAUUCUUGGGGGGAGGGGGAAUGGAAAAAAAUAUCCAUGUUUAAACUUGUUAGAAAGUUAGUGAGCUGCUCUGCUAUAUGCCUUAAGCAAAUAUUUACUCAUCAGGUCUUUCUUUUUUACAGAUUGCCAUAGAAAACUUUUUAAAAAAAAAAUAAAAUUAAAAAAAAAACAAGCUAAAUGUUUUGGUAUAAUACAUUUUCAGGUAUAUUGUCUUUUGUGUAAGGCGCUGCAAUGACCUCACAGUUUCAGUAAAACUGUACAGUUUUUCAAUUUCCCAUACAGAUUUUCAGUUCUCAUUUUAGCUGCAACAAUAAAAUUCUUUUGUAAAGAA